AUGAUCGUAGAUGAGCCUCAUCUGUCUCACCUGUCUCACCUGCCUCACCUGCCUCACCUGCCUUACCUGUCUCACCUGCCUCACCUGUCUCACCUGCCUCACCUGCCUCACCUGUCUCACCUGUCUCACCUGCCUCACCUGUCUCACCUGCCUCACCUGCCUCACCUGUCUCACCUGCCUCACCUGUCUCACCUGUCUCACCUGUCUCACCUGCCUCACCUGCCUCACCUGCCUUACCUGUCUCACCUGCCUCACCUGCCUCACCUGCCUCACCUGUCUCACCUGCCUCACCUGCCUCACCUGUCUCACCUGCCUCACCUGCCUCACCUGUCUCACCUGCCUCACCUGCCUCACCUGUCUCACCUGCCUCACCUGCCUCACCUGCCUUACCUGUCUCACCUGCCUCACCUGUCUCACCUGCCUCACCUGUCUCACCUGUCUCACCUGCCUCACCUGUCUCACCUGCCUCACCUGUCUCACCUGCCUCACCUGCCUCACCUGUCUCACCUGCCUCACCUGUCUCACCUGCCUCACCUGCCUCACCUGUCUCACCUGCCUCACCUGUCUCACCUGUCUCACCUGCCUCACAUGCCUCACCUGCCUCACCUGCCUCACCUGUCUCACCUGUCUCACCUGCCUCACCUGUCUCACCUGCCUCACCUGUCUCACCUGUCUCACCUGCCUCACCUGCCUCACCUGCCUCACCUGCCUCACCUGUCUCACCUGCCUCACCUGCCUCACCUGCCUCACCUGUCUCACCUGUCUCACCUGCCUCACCUGCCUCACCUGCCUCACCUGUCUCACCUGCCUCACCUGUCUCACCUGUCUCACCUGCCUCACCUGUCUCACCUGCCUCACCUGCCUCACCUGUCUCACCUGUCUCACCUGUCUCACCUGCCUCACCUGCCUCACCUGUCUCACCAGCCUCACCUGUCUCACCUGUCUCACCUGUCUCACCUGCCUCACCUGCCUCACCUGCCUCACCUGUCUCACCUGUCUCACCUGCCUCACCUGCCUCACCUGCCUCACCUGUCUCACCUGCCUCACCUGCCUUACCUGUCUCACCUGCCUCACCUGCCUCACCUGCCUCACCUGUCUCACCUGUCUCACCUGCCUCACCUGCCUCACCUGUCUCACCUGCCUCACCUGUCUCACCUGUCUCACCUGUCUCACCUGCCUCACCUGCCUCACCUGCCUCACCUGUCUCACCUGCCUCACCUGCCUCACCUGCCUCACCUGUCUCACCUGCCUCACCUGACCACACGUCACUGCAGAGGACCAAGUGCAUAUCAAUAUCACUAA